AUUGUCAUUCAUGGAUGUGUUUGUGGACUUUACCUGGGAGGAGUGGCAGCUGCUGGACCCAGCUCAGAAACACCUGUACAGGAGUGUGAUGUUGGAGAACUAUAGCAACCUGGUGUCCCUGGGGUAUCAACACACCAAACCGAAUAUCAUUUUCCAGUUGGAACAAGAAGAGCUGUGGAUGAUGCAAAUUCCAAGUGAGGACUCUGAUGAAGUCUGGGAAAUUGAUGGUUGUAUGGAAUGGCAUCAGGAAAAUCAAUGCAAGCUGAGAAGUAUGUCAAAAUGCUAUCAGUGUACUGCAUUUGGAAAACUAUGUCUUCUUCGUACAGAUUAUGUUUCAAGACAAAAACUUCAUAAAUGUGUCACAAAUGGAAAGAGUUUGAAAUAUAAUAUAGAUUUUAGUAAUAAUAAUGUUGGAAAGAAUCCUAAUGGGUUUCAUGCACAUAGGGAAUCAUCCUUCCAUUCUAAACAUGAGCAAGCUCUUACUGGAAUAAAAUAGUGUGAAAGUAAUGAAUCUGGAAAAACUGGCAACAGAAAGUCACAGCUCAUAUGCCAACAAAUACGUAUGGGAGGAAAACCCUUUGAAUGCAGUUACUGUGGGAAGGCCUUCAGCAGCAAGUCAUACCCUGUGGUGCAUCAGCAAACUCAUUCAGAAGAAAAACGCUACAAAGGUAGUAGAUGUGGAAAAGACUUCAGCAGCAAGUCCUACCUCAUUGUUCAUCAAAGAGCUCACACAGGAGAGAAACUACAUGAAUGCAGUGUUUGCCAGAAAACUUUCAGUUUCAAUUCACAACUUGUUACACAUUAGAGAAUUCACAUGUGGGAGAAUACCUGUGAAUGCUGUUACUGUGGGAAAGUCUUCAGUAGGAAAGACCAGCUUGUUUCACACCAGAGAACUCAUUCAGGUCAGAAACCCUAUUGGUGUCAUGAACGUGGGAAAGCUUUUGGUUUGAAAUCACCACAACUCAUUAUACAUCAAAGAAUUCAUACAGGAGAGACCUAUGAAUGCAGUGAUUGUCAAAAAGCCUUUAAUACAAACUCAAACCUCAUGGUACAUCAGAGAACCUAUAUGGGAGAGAAACCUUAUGGUUAUAGUGAAUGUGGGAAAGCCUUUACUUUCAAGUCACAGCUCAUUGUACAUCAGGGAGCACACACUGGGGUAAAACCCUAUGGCUGUAAUCAGUGUGUAAAAGCGUUCAAUUUGAAGUCACAGCUCAUUGUACAUCAGAUAAGUCACAUAGGAGGGAAACCCUAUGGAUGCAAUGAAUGUGGGAAAGCUUUUAGGAUAAAGUCCUACCUCAUUAUACAUCAGAGGACUCACACAGGAGAGAAACUCCAUGAAUGCAGUGAAUGUCGGAGAGCCUUCAGUUUUAAUUCACAACUUGUUAUACAUCAGAGAGUUCACACAGGGGAGAAUCCGUAUGAAUGCAGUGAAUGUGGAAAAGCCUUCAGUCGGAAAUACCAGCUCAUUUCACCGCAGAGAACUCACGUAGGGGAGAAGCCCUAUGAAUACAGUGACUGUGGGAAAACUUUUGGUUUGAAGUCACAGUUCGUGAUACAUCAGAAAACUCAUACAGGAGAGAAACACUUUGAAUGUAGUGAAUGUUGGAAAGCGUUUAAUACAAAGUCAAGCCUUAUUGUACAUCAGAGAACCCACAUAGGAGAGAAACUCUGUGGUUGUAGUUAAUGUGGGAAGGCCUUCAGUCGGAAAUAUCAUCUCAUCUCACACCAGAGAACUCAUGCAGGGGAGAAGCCCUAUGAAUGCAAUGACUGUGGGAAAACUUUUGGUUGGAAGUCACAGCUCCUGAUACAUCAGAGGACUCAUACAGGAGAGAAACCCUUUGAAUGUAUUGAAUGUCAGAAAGCGUUUAAUACAAAGUCAAAUCUUAUUGUACAUCAGAGAACCCACACAGGAGAGAAUCCCUAUGAAUGCAGUGAAUGUGAGAAAGCCUUUAACAGAAAAGAUCAGCUCAUCUCAUAUCAGCGAACUCAUGUUGGGGAAAAGCCUUAUAGGUGCAGUGAGCGUAGGAAAGUCUUUAGUAGCAAGUCAUACCUCAUUAUACACAUGAGAACUCAUUCAGGAGACAAACCAUACGAAUGUCACAAAUGCGCGAAAGCCUUCAUUUGGAAGUCACUUCUCAUUGUACAUGAGUGAACUCACGCAGGGGAAAACCCUUAUAAAUGCAGUCGAUGUCAGAAAUCCUUCAGUGAAAAAUUACGGCUCAUUAUACACAGAAUGAACACAAGAGAGAAGCCCUCUCAAUGCAAUGAGUAUGAAAAAUCCUUCAUUAGGAAAUCUCAGCUCAUUGUACAUCAGAGAACUGUAGGGGAGAAACCUUAUGGGUGCAGUGAAUGUGGAAAAACCUCUCAGAAAUCAAUUCUCAGUGCACAUCAGAGAACUCAUACAGGAGAAAAACCCUGUAAGUGCAGCGAAUGUGGGAAAGCCUUUUGUUGCAAGUCACAGCUCAUUAUGCAUCAGAGAACUCAUACAGAUGAGAAACAUAUUGGUGAAGUAAAUCCCCCCGAAUGCCACGGACCCCCGAGAACCUCUCGGCUCCCCAAGAACCACCGGAAUGCCCCGAACCCAGGUGGGCGGAACCGCAGGCCCCGGGACUUAGGGGGCGCAGGGCACGGGCGGGGGUCAUCGGGCGGGGCCCUUGCAGGGAUUGGCGGAGGCCUGGAUACUCUGUAUCAACCGCGCCUUCCCGCCGCCUCCCCGGACGUGCGGGCGGAGCACGUGCGCGCCGAGCGCGGAAGCGGCCCCGGGCGCCUGGCUGGGGUGUGUUGGUGGCGUGCGGAUGAAGCUCGGCCCUUGGCCUCCUUCCCGCCCUUCCUGGAGCAGCGUGGGGCGGGACUGUCGGCGCUGGGGGGGCAUCCGGGUCCCUCGAAGGGUGCGGGGUCGCGGGCCUCCUGCCAGUGGCGACGGGAAGAAACGUGGGGCCCCGAGGCAGGAGCCCGUGACGAGGCGCUGAAGCCCGGAAGCGGCGGCGAGAGCGCGUCCCCUGGCGGGCGCCCUGGUAGCCCUGCCGGGAGGAAAGAGCUAGAAGCAGGCCAGACCCUCCGCCGGGAGCGCGGCAGUUCUACGCAGGUUGUCUCAACCCUUGCGGACGGCGGUUUGGCAGCAUCGACUGAAAACGCGCCCUUACCCUCGCCUCCAGGAUCCUGUUCCACAGAAGUGAGGUAG